AUGACUUUCUCAUCACCUUUUCACAUCACACACCACCCAUUAUUACCCCCAAUACCCACCAUCACAAUGCCCGACCCCUCCCUCACCGGCGUCAAAGCCCUCACCUUCGACAUCUUCGGCACAGUAGUAAACUGGCGCCCUCACAUCAUCUCCACCCUCCGUGCUCUAGCCCCUCCAACCUUCAAAGAAGUAGACUGGCCCCUUUUCGCCCUCAAAUGGCGCCUCUCCCACGGCAAGUUCUGCGGCUCCUACCUCCCCUCCCCUUCCAAUCCCUUUAAAACAACCGACUCCCACCACCGUGACUCCCUUCCCGCCCUCCUCACCGAAUUCUCACUCCCCCCCGACACCUUCUCCCCCUCCCAAAUCGAGCUCCUAGUCCAAACCUGGCACGAGCUCACACCAUGGCCCGAUUCCGCUGCCGGGAUCGCCAGACUGAAAAAGAGGUUCAAGACGGCUAUGUUAUCUGACGGGAACAAGUCAUGCUUGGAGGAUCUGAACAGAAACGGCCACCUGGGAUAUGACGAGAUUUGCUCCUCGGAGGACUUCAAAGCUUACAAACCUCACCCGAGCGUCUACCUCGGAGCAUGCCAAAAGCUAGGCCUGGAGCCAAAAGAAGUGGCCAUGGCGGCGGCUCACCUAGGAGAUCUAGCCGCCGCACACAAACUUGGCUUCAAAACUGUCUACGUCGAGCGUCUAGACGAAGAGAGAUGGGGUCGCGACGAGCAGAGAUACGACAAAGCAAAAGAGUGGGUGGAUCUCUGGGUUGGGCUUGACGACGGAAAGGGUGGGUUGGAGGAGGUGGCGAAUAGGUUGGUUGGGGAGGAAGAGUAA